AUGGACUUCGACCUCACAGCCUUCGGCUUCUCCUCCGACGAAUCAAACAUGAGAAGUUUCCUGUCUCCAAAAAGUGCUGCGACAAGUCUGUUAAGCCUGGAUCCUGAGCAAGAGGAAGACCUUGAUCUUUCAAUCCCAUCAUUCGGUACUGUUGGAGGCUUUGAGAUGUUCCCCGGGCCAGGGACAAGUUCUGUUGCAGGACCUGUUACCGGAAGAGAACACGUGCCCUCCAUAUUUAACGAUGAGCUAAACCUGGUCAACGACCUCAUCUUCGACGUUGACGACAACGGCAUCCUCCGCCCCGUUGAUGAUCCUGGGCAUCAAAUACCAUGCCAAGGAAUAUCAGGAGCGGGAGGUCAGGAUCUUGUUUCAGUCGGUUUCGAUGAGAUGCUUGCAUCUGAGCAUGUCGAAUCUAGGGAGAGAGACAUUCAGCAAAUCACUCUGAUUGAUGAUGACGGCCCCACCUUGGACGAUGACGAGCCUCUCCUGCCAGCUGUUGCCAGGUCAUCGUUGAAUGAAGAGAAAACCAUUGAAACAGGACACGCGAAACACCCAACCUCAUCCGUUCUACCCAUUGACGAGCAUCCAGUAACAGCCGAAGCGCCACAGCAGCGCGCAAGAUGCGUCAAGUCAUUACGCCCCGACCGAUAUACAGAGUUAAGCAACAAGGUGUUGCACGCAUGGAAUGAAAACUACGCGGUCAACAUGCAGGCUGCUCGGCGUGUCAAGCAACAAAAGCUCUCGCACAGCGAGGCAAGGAAAUAUGCGGCACUCUGGAGCGUUGGCCAGGGUUUGGGAAGGGUUGCAUUUGCCUUUGGGAAUGACAGCGAGCCCCAUCCUCUUGCGGUCUUCAGUGGGCAGUCCCUGUGGGCGAUGCUUCAAGAUCAUGGAUCAACAAAUGGCACGAAAAGAUCACGGAGUCAAUCUGAAAGGGGCGAGAACUCUGGCGAAGACAACAGGAGAGUCAAAGCCAGACUCUCGCCGCACGAAGAUAUUGCUCGCGGGCCGGAAGAUGGGAACACAAUGGUUGCUGAUGGUGACGACGGUGUCGUCUUUCAGGGAGAUGAUUUGAACAUUGAGAGUCAGGUCGGACGGCAUGCACCUCCAUCGUUGCAAGACCACUCAUCUGGCAUGCCGUGGAACAUCUCCGCAUCUCGUCAAAGCUCAGUCCAACCUCUCGGAAGCGGAUUGAUGGCGAGAUUGAGCUCCAGCGUUGGUGGGAUGCUAGGAGGCAUGGAGUUGGGCCCGCCUUCCGUUCUCGGAAGACGAGGAUCACGUCUGACAUCCGCAAGCCCUCUGCUUGGGCGGGGACUUUCCAGAUUGGGGAGUCAGGACUUCGUUGAUCCAUCACGGCUCACGCUCGACAACGACGAGUUUGCCAAUUUGGACGAACGACUCGGUGCCGGUCUUGAUGUGGACUUCGAACUAUACGGGCCGUCUGCAGCUGUGACCACACAAAUUGCACAGCAGAGUCAAUGGGUCACGGCGACGUUGGAGAAUGAAGCGCGUAACUUCCUGGGGUUCUUGCAGGAGAAGAUACAAGAAAGGGCAGGAAGGGAUGAGCAAGUCAGCGAGGAACUCGAAGAAACGGAGCAGAGGAGAGGGAACGAUAGUGUCACUUUCUCUGAGCUUCUUCCGCCGAAGCGGAACUCGCAUGCUGUUGCUGCUCAAGGGCUCUUUCACGUGCUCGCUCUAGCGACAAAGGGGAUCCUUGAACUAUACCAGCAAGUGGCAUUCGGGGAAAUUGAGAUAGCGAUCGCAGGGUUUCAGGAAGUCAAGAGUAGCUGCUGGCCUGGAGCAGAAAUGGAGAUGACCCACCGGGUUGGCAGCAUGUCCGAGUACGGAAGGGACUAG